AUCAUACCAGCAAUGCUUUUAGAUGUCGAUGGAGAUCACUAGGAUGUGAUCUGUUCUAAAAAUGAAAUUGAAAAAAUCAGAAUAUUCUGAAUAGCGAAUAUUGACCGCGAAAUUCGAGAUAUUCGCGAAUACUCGAAUAUGCCAUAUUCGAGCCGAAUAUUCGCAAUACGAAUAUUCGUGAGCAACACUAGUUACCAUCUUUAUAGCAGUGACGUAUUGCACUUAAAUGGGAGAGGUGCAGCUUUUUUUGGGAGUGAAGAUGGCCAAAACAGUGUAAGAAAUUUUAAACUAGGAGAUGAGAAGGAGGGAUCAGAGCAUGAUUUGCUAGUGAACAUGACGGAGAGAUCUUCAAGUCAAGCCAUCAUCACUGGAGUCCACUAUGUCAUCACUCUCUUGAAAUAUUCUCAGAAUCUAUCUUCAAGAGAGCAAUACCACCAUCUUUCUUCACCAAUAGGAGUGCCACAGUAUCUUUUCUGCAUAGUCCAAGUUUUGUGUGUGGGGAUAAAGUGUUAUAAGACUCAGUGGAAAGCCUGAGGAACCUUCCCAGGGACCAGGUAUGGCUGUACCAACACAGGUCUCUACACUGGUGGCGGUUGCCACUCCAGUAACCGUAGGGUCUUCCCAUCAGCCCUCUAUUUCCCUUUCUGCAGCUUCUGAAUCGCCAUCAAUGUAGUUGGACAAACAAGACAAUUGUUUUUUCCUAGAAGAAGACUCAACAAAAAGUCUGAGAAGCCCUGCCAGGGACCAAGUACAGCUGUACCAACACAGGUUCUUACACUGGUGGCGGCUGCCACUCCAGUAACCGGAGGGUUUUCCUAUCAGCCUUCUAUUUUCUUUUUUUGGAGCUUCUGGAUCACCAACUGCAAAUGUAUCUGGGCAAACAACACUAUUGGCUGUUCAUAGAAGAAGACUCAACAGAAAGCCUAAAGUGGUUCCAAGGAACCAGGUACGGAUAUACCAAUACAGAUCCCCACAUUGGUGACAGAUUCAACUCCAAAAAUAGGAGGUCAUCCCUCCCAGGAACAAGGUACAUCUGUACUGACAGAGGUCCCAACACUGGUGGCAGCAGUCCUCCCAGGGGCCCGAUAUGGCUGUAACAACACAGGUUGCUACACUGGUGGCGGCUUCCACUCCAGCAACUGAAGGGUUUUUACGUCAUCCCUCCCAGGAACCUGGUACAUCUGUACCCACACAGGUCCUACACUGGGGGCGGUGGCCACUGCAGUAACUGGAGAGUCUUCUAAGCAGUCCCCUUAGGGGCCCGAUAUGACUAUUACAACAUAGGUUCCUACACUGGUGUUGGCUGCCACUGCAGUAACUGGAGGGUCUUCUAAUCAGUCCUACCAGAGGCCAGAUAUGGAUGAAACAAUGCAGGUUGCUACACUGGUGGCAGCUGCCACUCCAGCAACCAAACGGUCUUCCCAUCAGCCCUCCCAGGAACCCGGUACCUCUGUACCAACACAGGUCCCCACACUGGUGGCGGUUGCAUAUCCAGGAAACAGAUGGUCUUCCCACUUCAGUAAACAGCGGAUCUUCCCAUCAGCCCUCCCAGGGACCAGGUGAGGCUCGAAGAAACAUCCAUGACCUAUUGGCAUCUACCAUUUCCUCAAGAGCUGAGAUGCCAAUCAUCUACUGAGCUCACCUAAAAGACUUGACUUAUUCUUUGGACCAGCAACGGUCAUCCCAGUAGAUGGUGACAGUACAUAAAAGCUAAGGAGGCAAAGCUCCAACUGUAAUCACAAACGCUUAUGCAACAUAUCAUUGAUAACCAUACAGACAUGGCUACUGCUUUGCUAGCUGGAGAGAAACUGAAAGAACUGAUCCUGCCAGGGCAGCAGGAUGAUAAGAUUGGGUCCCUGGCAGCUCUCAUGGUUCAGCUAAAGCUGGAACUUCCUUUUGAUCGAGUGGUCACCAUUGGCACAGUCCUCAUCCCUAUACUCCUUGUCACCUUGGUCUUCACAAAGAACUUUGCUGAGGAGCCUAUAUACUGCUAUACACCUCACAACUUCACCCGGGAUCAAGCCUUGUACGCCAGAGGAUAUUGCUGGACAGAACUUAAGGAUGCUUUACCAGGGGUGAACGCCAGUCAUUGGCCUUCAUUGUUUGAGCACAAGUUUUUCCCAUAUGCUCUUCUGGCCUUUGCUGGAAUCAUGUACAUUCCUGCUCUUGGAUGGGAGUUCCUAGCUUCCACUAGGUUGACUUCAGAGCUGAACUUCCUGCUUCAAGAAAUCGACAAUUGUUAUCAUAGAGCAGCAGAGGGCCGUGCUCCCAAAAUUGAAAAGCAAAUUCAGUCAAAAGGUCCAGGCAUUACAGAAAAAGAGAAAAGAGAAAUCAUAGAAAAUGCAGAGAAGGAAAAAAGCCCCGAACAAAACCUAUUUGAAAAGUACCUUGAACGAAGAGGUCGCAGUAACUUUUUAGCCAAACUAUAUUUAUCCAGACAUUUGCUCAUCAUAUGUCUAAGCAUCAUGCCUAUUACUUAUCUAAGCACAUAUUAUGCAACUCAGAAGCAGAAUGAAUUUACCUGUGCGUUGGGAGAGCCUCAUCUUAAAACCAGUAACUCAAAGUUGCACAUAAGGGUAAACUGCAAAUUGCCAUCUGUUCAACUCCAAAGAAUCAUUGCUUCAGUAGAUAUUUUUCUACUUAGUUUAAUGAAUUUAAUAAUUCUUGUCAACUUAAUACAUCUCUUCAUCGUCAGAAAAUCCAACUUCAUUUUUGACAAAUUAAAUAAAGUUGGCAUAAAGACUAAGAAGCAGUGGCAGAAAUCCCAGUUUUGUGAUAUAAAUAUUCUUGCCAUGUUUUGCAAUGAAAAUCGUGAUCAUAUCAAAUCCUUAAAUCGUCUAGAUUUUAUUACCAAUGAGAGUGACUUAAUGUAUGACAAUGUGGUUCGGCAAUUACUUGCAGCAUUAGCGCAGUCUAAUUAUGAUACCACUCCCACCAUGAGGAACUCUGGUAUGCAGACAGUUGACCCAAGUGUUGACCCAGCAGAUAUUGAUGUUAAUGAACACCUUGUUAUAAAGCGUCCUAGAAAGAAAAUGAAGUGGAUCCCCAGUAGCAAUCCUCUACCCCAACCCUUUAAGGAACAAGUAGCCAUAAUGAAAGUUGAAAAUAGUAAACCGGAGAAGCCAAAGCCAAUGAGAAGGAAAACUGCAACAGACACCUUAAUAGCUCCACUUUUGGAGGCUUCUUCAAAAUCUUCACCUCAUGCAUCUCAAAAAUGUGACACUAGUACAAUUGCAAUCACUACUGUUGAGAAAAAACAUGCUCGACACUUCUCAUUAGAUGUCCAACCAUAUGUUCUUAGUAGCAAAAAACCCAAGUCAGAGAUGCAGGACAGCGCUCCAAUAGCCAUGUCUGAAAGCCAAGAGAAUGGUUUCCCAAGUCAGGAAGAUACUAUGACUGCACAUGUAAAAGAUAUUUCAAAAUCUGCAAAAAGAAUUGAGAAAGAAAAUCAGCCAUUAUCUGAAAGCUGUGAUAAUGUUGCUGCAACAUUUCUCACAUGCGGAAGUCACAUGGUGAGCGCUGCCGUCUCUGCGUCAAGUGUUACCCUCAGUCAGGUCAAGCCUGAGCCCAUGACUAUCUUCAACCGCAACCCCACUCAUCCUUUACUCCAUAUUAACACUCUAUAUGAAGAUAGGGAUGAACUUAUAAUCGCUAUUUCCUCCCCUGAUCCAGCAGACAUCAUUUCAGUUAUACCACCAAAGCAAGUCAUGUUGGCCCCUUUUGAAGAGCCCAGGGCAAUAAUAAAUUCUGUGGACUACUAGGCUUGAGAGCUGCAUCAGACCACCAUGCAAAAUCACUGCAUGAGCAUGGAAGAAUGUAUUCUAAAUAUGCAAGCAGCAGCUUCCAUACACAGCUUUGUCACAACUAUCAGGGGGAACCUAAUGAUUUUUCCAUGUCGUCUGCCGUGUGAAGCACAAUUACUGUAAAUCUAUUAGACAAAGCAGCAUGACACUUGGGCAGUAUGCAUACACAAUGCUAUGUAACACUAUAUUCCUACCUGGCAGGAUAUCCAUCUUUGACAGUCUUACGUGAUUAAUUUUAUGGCAAUUCUCAGACAACUGUCAUAGAACUGAAAAAUAUAUGGGUAUUUAUCUUAUUACAGGGUCCAAGAGAUUACAUUUUUAUUUUGGUUGGCUCUUGAAAUUAAUAAACAUUUGAGCUAGUUUGACGGGCCAAAUUCUUACCUUAAUUAAAGGUAAGUACAAUUAAAUAAUAUGCGAGUAUUAAAAAUAAGACUAAUAUUGAUAAUAUCAAUAUAAAGGAAACAUUUAGUUUUUAGUAGUAGAAUAUAUUUUUCACUUUAUUUUUGUAUAAAAAUGAAUGCAUAAUGAAAUAGUGAAAUAAUAGACAGGUUGAUCUUCUUAGCUUACAUUGUAGCCAUUCAGAACCAGUAGUAGGACUGAUUUAAAUAUUAACCAGCAUAGUAUUGUCAUGUUCUUUGACAGAGAAUUCUGUAUCCUGAGUACACAAACAGAGACAAGCUUCUCUGAGAUGCGAUGAACCCUAUUUUUCCCCCAAUAAAAAGGUAGUGUAUUU